AGUUGAGACCUUUAAUGGUGGAGAUCUGAAAUUGAGGAUUGGCUCAGACUUAGAUCAACGUCCAUGAGUUGAUCCUACGUUAUGACAAAUGGAAGUUUGUUUGUUUGUAAUGGGAGAAAAUUAGAGGACCAAACACGCCCUUAUCAAAAUCAGGGAUAGAGAAACCAGAACAGGACAGAGAGUGCUGACGCUUCACACUUCACAGCUUCAGCGACUCUGAUAUUGAUACAGCCGAAAAAGAGAAAAAGAAAUAAGGGGUAGAUAAAAAGUUUGUGGAUUUCGAGGCUAAGUCAUCGUGUACCUCCUUCGGUGCAUUUGUUUGGGAUAAAAGAUGCGUACCUUGGAUGUAAGCAGAGCCGAACUUGCUCUUAUAGUUUUGUAUCUGAACAAGGCUGAAGCAAGGGAUAAGAUAUGCAGGACUAUACAAUAUGGUUCGAAGUUCAUAAGCGAUGGGAAGCCUGGCACAGCCCAAAAUGUUGACAAAUCAACCAGCUUGGCAAGGAAAGUUUUCCGACUUUUUAAGUUUGUCAAUGAUUUACAUGCUCUUAUUAGCCCAGUUCCUCAUGGAACUCCCCUUCCACUUGCUCUGCUGGGAAAGUCAAAGAAUGCCCUAUUAUCAACUUUCUUAUUCCUGGAUCAAAUUGUUUGGCUUGGCAGAACAGGUAUCUAUCAGAACAAAGAACGUGCUGAACUGAUUGGGCAGAUAUCUCUUUUCUGUUGGAUGGGUUUCCUCAGUUUGCUGCAACCUGGUUGAGGUUUGUUGCUUGUUAUUAGUUCUGUCA